AUGGCUUCGCUGUGCCUGUCUUUUGCGGGAAACCUACAGCCCGCGUUAUCAUUCCCCUCUGUGACUAUCAGUCAGUACAGAACCCAAUAUAUACCGAACUCAGAAACGAGUCUCGAAUGGUCAUUCCGAAACGAACUCGUCGCGACAGGACUUCACCUCGGUCCAGCUGUCCAGGAGCACUCAGCCAAGAACAACGUUACCACCAUCUGGGACCUUAAACCUGCCAGACGCCAGAUUCCCAUCGCCGACCCUGACUAA